UCCGACUCAUUGUUUUACUCACACACUCAUUCAAUCUUAUAGGCACACAAAACGCAACUUAAGAAGACGACGCCUGCUACUACCACCGAAAACCGCCGUUAACCCACCGUUAACUGCUAUCCGAAACCACUUAUUCCGCUUUGAGUUAAAGAGAUCCGAUACACGAAAUGGAUCAAGAAUCUACUAACACAACAUCGCCUCCCGUAAAAGACGUGGGCCCACAAACCGUUUCCGCAGUGGAUACUGGACCCGAUACCGCACAAGAUUCACAAUCAAAGACGUCUGCGUUCGGCUUAACCACAUGGGCCAAGAGUCUGAAACUUCCCCAAUCUAUGGGAACCACACAAGACGAAGCUUCAUCUGAAAAUGCAAAUGCUGCCAGGUCACCUUUUGCUCGUUUAACUAGUGGACUUGCGUUGCGUUUGUCUCCAAAAGCUCACCCGCAAGAUGAUAAUAAUAGCCCUGAUGGAACCCCAACAACGCCGACAGCUGGCAUUAUUGGAACACUCACUAAAGGUUUUGUAGACACGUCUAAAAAUGCGGUCAAGGCUGUCCAGGUCAAGGCUCGUCAUGUUGUAUCACAAAACAAACGAAGAUAUCAGGAAGGGGGUUUUGAUUUAGAUAUGACGUACAUCACCGAGAAUAUAAUUGCGAUGGGAUUCCCCGCUGGUGAUAUGAGCUCUGGUUUCUUCGGAUAUGUUGAGGGAUUUUAUCGUAACCACAUGGAGGAAGUUAUCCGGUUCUUUGAAACCUAUCACAAGGAUAAGUACAAGGUGUACAACCUUUGCUCCGAGAGGCUCUAUGAUGCAUCACUGUUUGAAGGGAAGGUUGCUAGUUUCCCAUUUGAUGACCAUAAUUGUCCCCCCAUUCGACUCAUAAUAUCAUUUUGCCAGAGUGCAUACUCAUGGUUGAAAGAGGACAUUGAGAAUGUUGUAGUUGUGCAUUGUAAGGCCGGAAUGGCUAGAACGGGCUUAAUGAUUUCAAGUCUUCUGUUAUAUCUAAAGUUUUUCCCUACAGCUGAGGAAUCUAUAUCAUACUAUAACCAAAAACGAUGCGUUGAUGGAAAAGGUCUUGUUCUCCCUAGUCAAAUAAGGUAUGUCAAAUAUUUUGAACGUGUUCUGACGUAUUUUAAUGGAGAAGAUCAGCCCGGACGCAGGUGCAUGCUUAGAGGAUUUCGCCUUCAUAGGUGCCCAUAUUGGAUUAGGCCCUCUAUUACCAUCUCUGAUCACAACGGUGUUCUCUUUUCAACCAAAAAACAUCCUAGAACCAAGGAUCUAUCACCUGAAGACUUUUGGUUUUCUGCACCGAGAAAGGGUGUAAUGGUCUUUGCUCUGCCUGGUGAGCCCGGUUUGACCGAGUUAUGUGGUGAUUUCAAGAUUCAUUUUCAUGACCGUCAAGGCGACUUUUACUGCUGGCUGAACACAACAAUGAUUGAGAACCGGAAGGUUCUAACUACUAAUGAUCUGGACGGGUUUGACAAGAGGAAAUUACCAUCCCCGGGGUUUCAAGUGGAGGUUGUGGUUGUGGACUACGACAGUGCUGCUCAACCCAAACCCGAAACCGAAAGUACAACCAAAUCAGCAGAGGGUACAAGUGCAGAUCCUCCGCCACCUGCGGCGUCUGAACCCACCGCCACAAACUUACCUAAAGACUCCAAAAACAGGGAAAAAGAAGACGAGGUGUUCUCUGACACCGAGUCUGAAGCAAAAACCGACGCUGCAUCAGAAACCAGUUUGGCUUCUGGGAAAGUUAUGAAUUUGACAAGCGACACAAAGAAUCUCUCUUUAGGGAAUUCGGGCCCCGCCCAAAUAGAUCCUGCUAGUGGGCCGAAAACUGAUCCGGCAAGCGAGUUUAAGGCGAUGGCGGCUGAUGCGUCCGUAUUUACAUUUGGAGAUGAAGAAGACUAUGAAAGUGACUGAGAAUGAGUGAGCGAGUGACUUGUGAUACGCCGUUACCUGUACAUAAAAUGGACCUCAAAGAACUUUUCUAUUUUAAAAAAAAAACUUAUUUGAUUAAUUUAGGAAUUUGGUUGGUAAGAUUUAAUGAAUGUUACAAGGAUGAGUUUGAUUUUAUUUUCUUGUAAGAUGUAUGGAAAUUGUUGAUGACAGAAGUGAUCAAACUUUUUUUUAUUAA